AUGGCGCGAGUCCUUAUACCCAGCAGGGCCGAGAUAGCGGCGCCGUUCCAGUCCAGAGCCGCCUUUCGAGAAUGGGCACAGGCCCCCGAGGCGCCCGACGGCCAGGCGCGGAUCGGCGACUCGCGAUGGUCGAACAAAGAUCUCGAGCCGACGCCGCCGCACCAGCGGACGUGGACGUGGUAUAACCUGCCGCUGUAUUGGUUCUCGAACAUGUUUGGGACGACGGGGUGGAAUGUGGCGUCUUCAUUGGUAGCAGUGGGCUUGGCCUUCAUCUCGUGCGUCCUCGGCUCGCUCAUCUCUGCGAUCAUCGUCACGGGCAUGGCGCGGCCAGGCGCGAUGUAUCAUCUGGGAUACCCCGUCCUCGCACGAUCUGUGAUGGGCAUGUACGGCUCCUACUUCUUCGUCUUCAUCCGCGCCAUCGUCUGCAUCAUAUGGUACGGCAUCCAAACCUACUACGGCGCAAACCUCCUCUCCGUCUGCUUCCGGUGCAUCUUCGGCAGCGGCUGGGACAACUUCGCCAACACCCUCCCCGCAGGCGCCGACGUCACUUCCAAACAGCUACUAGCCUUCUUCAUCGUCUGGCUAGUCGAGUUCCCCUUCACCUGGGUCCACCCCGCGCACAUCCACUACAUCUUCACCGUAAAAGGCUUCGUCAUGCCCUUCGCCUGCUUCGGCCUCUUCGGCUGGUGCAUGGCCCACGGCACCGGCAUCUCCAACAUCAACGCCGCCGCCCCCUCCACCACCGUGCCCCUCGGCUGGGCCGUCAUGAACGGCAUCAACGUCAUCAUGGGCUCCCUCUCGCCCAUGCUCGUCAACCAGCCCGACCUCGCGCGCUACACCCGCCGCCCCUCCGACGCCGGCUGGCUGCAGGGCGCCUGUGUGCUCUUCGCGCAGAGCCUCGUCUUCUUCCUCGGGCUGGCCUCCACGACGUCCCUGCAGGGCGCCUGGGGCCAGGCCUACUGGAACCUGUGGGAUUUGCUGGACGCGAUUCUAGAUCAUUACUGGACGCCCGCGGGGAGGGCGGGCGUGUUCUUUGUGGCGUUCAGUUUUAUCUUGAGCAUGUUUGCGACGAACUUUGGCGCGAACUCGAUCCCGUUUGGGGCGGACAUGACGGGGCUGUUUCCGAGAUAUUUGACUAUCCGGCGGGGCCAGAUUGUGUGUGCGAUUUUGGGAAUUGUGGUUUUGCCGUGGAAGUUGAUUGCGAAUGCGUCGGCGUUUCUUUCGUUCUUGGGGAGUUAUAACAUCUUCAUGGCUCCCCUCUGCGCUAUCAUCAUCUUCGACUACCUCAUCGCCCGCCGCGGCAACAUCCACGUCCCGUCCCUCUUCAACGGCUCCCCCACAGGCCUCUACUGGUUCAAAGCCGGCGUCAACUGGGUGGGCGUGUUCGCCUGGGUCGGCGGCACCGUGAUGGGCCUGCCUGGGCUGGUCGGGCAAUACCAGCCGCAGAGCGUCAGCCAGGCCGCGAAGAACAUGUACAAGAUGGGCUGGGUGCUGACGUUCUGCUCGUCGGCCAUCAUCUACAUCGCCCUGAUUCACGUCUUCAAGCCCAAGGUGUUCCCGGCGGGGUACGAGAAGGCGCCGCGGGAGUUUGAGUGGCUGGCCAAGGAGGGUCGCGAUGGGUUCUUUGAGGGGGAGAGGGAGGGCGAGAUCUAUGCGCCGGCGUCGCCGCAGAUUACGGAUGGAGAGGAGGUGCAGGUUGGGGAGAAGGCGCAGAAGAUGGAGGCUUGA